AUGAUGCAAUCGCACACGCAGCCAAGUAUCAUGUCGAACAAUAUCUCUCCGAGCAAAAACUCUUCUCCCUUAGUCGUUGAGAAGGCUACCAAUUUCGUUUCAAAAGAGCACGAUGCGAAGGAUAUUGCCCCCAAAGUUUCCGAGCAAAACGACUCGAUUGACAGCAAUGUUCAAUAUGGCGUUCGCAGAGCGCAAGCUGUCAACAAAGUUUGGACGAGGAACCACCUGAUGAUGGCUUACGUUUUUAUUUGGUUGAUUGAAUUCACGCUGGCAUACUCUUCUGGAGUUACCGCAACCCUCACGCCAUAUGUCACCAGCUCAUUUCAGAAACAUUCGCUCACUGCAUUGACCUCGGUCAUCUCCAGCCUCAUUGCAGGCCUAGUAAAACUUCCAUACGCCAAGCUAAUUGACAACUGGGGUCGACCGCAGGGCCUUGCUCUCAUGGUUGCAAGCAUGACAUUGGGCACGAUAAUGAUGGCUGGCUGCAACAACGUCCAGACUUAUUGCGCAGCACAGGUAUUCUAUUAUGUCGGAUACAAUGGUAUUGACUUUUCUAUUACUAUCUUCAUAGCAGACACAUCUGCACUGAGAAACCGAGCUCUGAUGAUAGCGUUCUCGUCUUCUCCCUGGCUUGCAACAGUGUGGGCAUCUGGCCCUACUGCUCAAAGUAUUCUUCAAACUAUCGGUUUUCGCUGGGGAUUUGGUAUAUGGGCUAUAAUUAUACCAGUGGCUUGCAGUCCACUUUUUUUCCUUUUCUAUUACAACCAGCGUAAGGCCGAAAGACUGGGCUUGUUGACUACAGCUCCCAGCGGACGUACUUGCUCAGAAAACUUCGUUUACUACUGCCGCGAGUUUGAUGUUAUUGGACUGCUAUUGAUCUCCACAGGCCUCGCACUCUUUUUGCUGUCGUUUAACCUGUACGCCUACCAGAAAAAUGAGUGGAAAUGCCCCCUGAUUAUUUGUUUCAUUAUUUUUGGAGGCCUGUUGAUCAUUGCGUUUGCUUUCUACGAGCAUUUCCUUGCACCAGUGACGUUUAUUCCAUGGGAGUUGAUGAAAAACCGAACCGUGUUUUUCACAUACACAAUGGUGGCAUGUCUAUACACGUCGUGGUAUAUCUGGGACAGCUAUUUCUACUCAAUGCUGAUUGUCGUUUUCGACACUGGCGUCGCAGAUGCCACGUACAUCGGAAAUAUCUAUACUAUCGGUUCAUGUUUUUGGUCUAUUGUCAUGGGAAUCAUCAUUCGGUACAAUGGACGCUUGAAGUGGCAGGCGCUUUACUUUGGCGUGCCCAUCACAAUCCUGGGCGUUGCUUUGAUGAUUAAGUUCCGUCAGCCUGGUGUCAAUAUCGGAUAUAUCGCUAUGUGUCAAAUUUUCAUUGCCUUCGGUGGUGGCACGUUGGUUAUAUGUGAACAGAUGACCAUCAUGGCUGUCAGCAGUCAGGCAAUGAUCCCAGCGCUGCUUUCAAUGGAGAGCAUGAUCACUUCUGUCGGUGGAGCCAUUGGCUCAACCAUCGCGGAGGCGCUCUGGAGUGGUGUUUUCCCGGAAAAGUUGGCCAAUUACCUCCCAACAACUGCGCAGAGCAAUUUGGCAGAGAUAUACGGUUCCAUCACUGUGCAGUCAUCGUAUCCAGUCGGCAGUCAAACACGAACUGCUAUCAAUCAUGCUUACGGGGAUACACAACGAUUAAUGCUCAUCACGGCGACGUGUCUACAUAUUUUAACCUGGGGUUCAGUUUUGUUUUGGGAGGACGUCGAUGUCAGAAAAAUCAAGCAGGUGAAGGGUCUGGUUCUAUAA